UGCGGCUGCGGCUCCGGCCCCGCCCGAGCCCGAGCGCGUCCCGGGGCGGGCAGCGGGGGCGUGCGGGGCGCCGGGCGCCGGGAGCUCCGGGCGGCGCCGGGGCAGGGGUGCGGCCACGUGCGCUCCGGCCGGGCGCGCUGCGAGCCGCGGGCGGCGGCAGGACGGGCCGGGCCGGGGGCGGGGCAGUGCCUGUUGAGCUGGGCCACCACCUGUGCCCCCCGACUGGCACCAGCACGGCCCAGGGCCCCCCGGCGGGCAGGAGCACCGGGCACGACCUCCCCAGCACAGACCCUUCAGGCACCAACUCCUGCAGUUUGGAAGGGAAGGUGCAGAUACCCCCCCUCGCAUGGCAGGGGUGGUGGGCAGGGUGCCGGCGCUUCCCUCCCAGGAGGGCGAGGGGCCGCGGGGGUUGCAGCCGCCUGCGGGAGCUGUGCCAGCGCUGGCUGGAGCCCCAGCGCCGCAGCAAGGAGCACAUCCUGGAGCUGGCGGUGCUGGGGCAGUUCCUGGCCAUCCUGCCCCGGGAGAUGCAGAGCUGGGAGCAGGCAUGCAGCGGGAGCCCUGCGCCGAGGCAGUGGUCCUGGCUGAGGGGUUUCGUGUGGGGCGAGCGGAGGAGGAGAAGCUCCAGGCACUGUCCCCAUCUCCAUGUGUCUGGGGAUGCUCCCUCCCCCGGCUCUCUCCCAGUCCCUGGGCACUGUAACACAUUUGCCUUGUCCCCAGGUCCCCAUUCGUGUAAAGGUUGAGGAAAUGUCAUUGGACAAGAUGGUGCCCACUGGGGCAUUAUGGGAACAUCUCAAAUCCUGCCUGGCACGGCCACAGCCCUUGAAGGAGGCAGGACAGGAUGAAACCGCUGAGCCUCAGGACGAGCCCCUUUGGGUCCCCAGGAAGGAGCUUCUGCCCCAGCAGGACCCAGAUUGCCUGAAACCAGAGGAGACCUGGGAGUGGUCAGCUCAUGAAGGCUCCUCAGGCUGGUGCCCCAGAGCAGGCCCUUGUCCAGGAGCAGCAGGUUCAGGGACCCCGAGCAGAGCUGAGGAGGAGCUUUGUGCUGAUGGGCCUGGAAACCUGGAACUACAGGGGACUCCCCCAGGGAGACUAGGGGAAGGGGGCUCCCUGACACCUGAUCCAGGCCGACUGCACAUGGGACCUCCAAAGCAGGAGCUCCGGGAGGCCUUUGAAGACGUGGCAGUGUAUUUCACGCGGAAGGAGUGGGAGCUGCUGGGAGAUGAGGACAAGGAGCUUUACCGGAACCAGAUGCUGAAGAAUUACCAAGCCCUCGUUUCCCUGGGUAAAGCUCUGUUCACUGCUUCUUCCUGAAAAUGGUUUCAAGGUCUCACACCUGACUUAGUCCACUGCAUCAAGCAGGGAUCUGUGGAGCUCUGGGUUUCUGAGGAUGAGGACCAUGGGAAAA